GCGGGAGCGGAAGUGCUGUUGCUACACGUUAGCUUGUGUCACUAGCUAGCUGUGUGUAGAGAUUUCGGUCCUGGCGGAGAAACGCAGCGCACGUAAUGGCAGGGAGAAUUCACUUCUCCGGGUUCCUUUAAUAUGCUCCCUGCUCUGGGGGUAAGGGCAGCACCGGACCAGUCUCAAAAUGACCACCGGCUUCAGCUCCGGUUCGUCCCGGUUCGCAGAUUAUUUCGUGAUCUGCGGUCUCGACACCGAAAGCGGGCUGGAACCCGACGAACUGUCCGCUUUAUGCCAGUAUAUAGAAGCUACUAAAUUCAGAGAUGGGGCCAGAGGAAAAUUGGCGAGUGCAGAUGAAGGUGAGAAUUUUGAGCAGAGUCCACUGCGGAGGACCUUUAAAUCCAAAGUCCUAGCACAUUAUCCAGAAAAUGUUGAAUGGAAUCCAUUUGACCAGGAUGCAGUGGGCAUGCUCUGUAUGCCAAAGGGUCUGUCAUUCAGGACACAAGUCGACUCCAGGGAGCCGCAGUUCCACUCGUUUAUCAUCACCAGAGAAGAUGGCUCUCGGACAUAUGGCUUUGCCCUCACCUUCUUUGAGGAGGUGACCAGUAAGCAGAUCUGCAGUGCUAUGCAGACGCUUUACCACAUGCACAACGCAGAGCAGUAUGACAUCUUACACACCCCCACCUCCCCGCAAGGACCUGAGGACCAGCGGCUCUCCCAGUCUCGUCCCGUGCUCCACGCUGCGCCCGCCAUCUCCCGACUGCAGCGCUUCAACUCCUACGACAUCAGCCGCGACACGCUGUACGUGUCAAAGUGCAUCUGCCUCAUAACUCCCAUGGCUUUUGCUCAGGCGUGCAGGAAGGUGUUGGAGCAGCUUCACCAGGCUGUCACGUCCCCACAGCCCCCACCCCUCCCUUUGGAGAGCUACAUCUACAACAUCCUCUACGAGGUGCCCCAGCCUCCAUCCGGACGUUCCCUCAAGUUCGCGGGUGUCUACGGGCCCAUCGUGUGCCAGAGGCCGAGCACCGCCGAGCUCCCGCUCUUUGACUUUGCCAUCGGUGAAAUGUUUAAUCUGCUCGGGGUGGAGAACGUUCUUCAGCUGUUCACGUGCGCCCUGCUCGAGCUGCAGAUACUGCUCUACUCACAACAUUACCAGAGGCUGAUGUCCGUAGCGGAGAGCAUCACAGCCUUGAUGUUUCCCUACCAGUGGCAGCACGUGUAUGUUCCCAUUCUGCCCGCCUCACUCCUCCACUUCCUGGACGCUCCUGUACCGUAUCUCAUGGGCCUCCACUCCAACGGGCAGGAUGAUCGCACCAAGCUGGAGCUGCCGCAGGAGGCCAACUUGUGUUUUGUGGACAUCGAUAAUCACUUCAUUGAGCUGCCCGAGGAGCUUCCUCAGUUUCCCAACAAACUGGAGUUCAUCCAGGAGAUCUCCGAGGUCCUCAUGUCCUUCGGUAUUUCUCCAGAGGGAAAUAUUCACUCCAGCGACAGUCAGGUCAAGUACCGGGGCUUCCGAUCCGUCGACGUGGUCUCCGACAAGCGUAACGGCAACCUGGCCUCGCCCCUCAACUCCUACCUGCUGAGACAGAACGAAACGAUCGCCAGGCUCCAGGCACUGGUCAAGAGGACAGGAGUCAGCCUGGAGAAGCUUGAGGUGAAAGAGGAUGCCAGCAGCAACAAGGACGCGCAGCUUCAGUGUGACGAAGACGAGCUAAAGAUGCACCAGCUCAACAUCCAGGUGCGCGAGGUCUUCGCCAACCGGUUUACUCAGAUGUUCGCCGACUAUGACGUGUUUGUCAUCCAGCCCAGCCACGACAAGGAGUCCUGGUUCACCAACAGAGACCAGAUGCAGAACUUCGAUAAGGCCUCCUUCUUGUCUGACCAACCAGAGCCCUACCUGCCGUUCCUGUCGCGUUUCCUGGAGACUCAGAUGUUUGCCUCUUUUAUCGAUAGUAAGAUUCUUUGUCACGACGACGAGGAGAAGGACCACACGCUGAGGGUUUUCGACUCCCGCGUGGAAAAGAUCCGCAUGCUGAACGUCCGAACGCCGACGCUGCGGCCCUCCAUGUACCAAAAAUGCACAAACAUCGAAGAAGCAGAGAAAGCCAUCGAGAUGAGAGUGUCAAAGAUCGACCACACCGCCCUCCUCCCCCACCUGCUGGACAUGAAGAUCGGUCAGGGCCGGUAUGAGCAGGGCUUCUUCCCCCGACUGCAGUCGGGCGUGCUCUCCACUGGGCCCACCAGCAACAAAUGGGCAAAGAGAAGCGCUCCUGCUCAGUGGAGGAGGAGGGACCGACAGAAGCAACACGCCGAGCAUCUUUAUUUGGACAACGACCAGAGAGAGAAAUACAUCCAGGAGGCCAGAAACUUGGGAACCACCAUCAGGCAGCCUAAACUAUCCAACUUGUCUCCGUCUGUAAUCGCUCAGACAAACUGGAAAUUUGUUGAAGGGUUGCUGAAGGAGUGCAGGAACAAGACGAAGCGCAUGCUGGUGGAGAAGAUGGGCCGAGAGGCUGUGGAGUUGGGUCACGGAGAGGUUAGUAUCACGGGCGUUGAGGAGAACACCCUGAUCGCUAGCCUCUGUGACCUGCUAGAGAGGAUUUGGAGUCACGGCCUGCAGGUUAAACAGGGUAAAUCUGCCUUGUGGUCCCACCUGCUGCAUUACCAGGACAGCAAAGAAAAGAAUGCCACCCCGGGCAGUUUGGGGCCUCCAGGAUUCAUCCAUGACACUGAAAGGCGUAAAUCUGAUGGAGGUGGAUCAGCCAUGCCUCCUCUUAGAAUCUCUCUGAUCCAGGACAUGAGACACAUUCAGAACAUUAGUGAGAUCAAGACGGACGUGGGCAAGGCGAGAGCCUGGGUUCGCCUCUCCAUGGAGAAGAAGCUGCUGUCCAGACACCUGAAGCAGCUGCUGUCCGAGCACGAGCUUACAAAAAAACUGUACAAGCGCUACGCCUUCCUGCGUUGCGAUGAUGAGAAGGAGCAGUUCCUCUACCACCUCCUGUCUUUUAAUGCUGUGGAUUACUUCUGCUUCACCAACGUUUUCACAACCAUCAUGAUCCCCUACCACGUCGUUAUUGUUCCCAGUAAGAAGCUGGGGGGCUCCAUGUUCACAGCCAACCCCUGGGUGUGCGUUUCUGGUGAGCUGUCGGAAACUGGAGUCCUCCAGGUGCCCAGAAACACACUGGAGAUCACGUUUGAGUGCCAGAACCUGGGGAAGCUAACCACGGUGCAGAUGGGUCAUGAUAACUCGGGCCUCUACGCGAAGUGGCUUGUGGAGUACGUGAUGGUGCGCAACGAGAUCACGGGGCACACUUACAAGUUUCCGUGUGGCCGGUGGCUGGGGAAAGGCGUGGACGAUGGCAGUUUGGAAAGGAUACUGGUGGGAGAGCUGAUCACCCCCAGCUCUGAGAAUGACGAGAGGAUGUGUCGAACACCACCCAUGCAGCAGUCUCCGGGGAUGAUGAGGAGAUUUGUCACCAUCUCACCAAGCAGCAAACCAAAGCUGAACACAGGACAGAUUCAGGAGGGAGUGGGAGAGGCCAUCAAUGGGAUUGUGAAGCACUUCCACAAACCGGAGAAGGAGCGAGGCAGUCUGACCCUCCUCCUGUGCGGGGAGUACGGCCUCGUCUGGGCUCUGGAGCAAGUUUUCCAGCACGGUUUUAAGUCGCCUCGGCUCUUCAAGAACGUCUUCAUCUGGGACUUCUUGGAAAAGGCACAAGUUUACUUUGAGGGCGCUGAGCAGCGGGAGGUGGCUCCAGAUGAAAACUGGCAAACCAGAGUGCGCCACUUUUGCCGCUUCAUGCGGGCCAUCAACAACACGUCCAGAAACAUCGGCAAAGACGGGAAGUUUCAGGUGCUCGUCUGUCUCGGUGCAAGGGACCAUCUGCUGCAUCACUGGAUUGCUCUGCUCGCAGACUGUCCGAUCACCUCUCAGAUGUACGAGGACACUGCACUGGUUAAGGACCGCUCUCUGGUCAACUCUCUGAUCAGAGUACUACAGACUCUGCAGGAGUUCAACAUCACACUGGAGGCGUCGCUCAUCAAAGGUGUUGGCAUCUAAAACCAAACCCUUUUCCACCACUCGCACCUGAACGGGCAGAUCACCAAGGACCACUAAAAAGAACAACUUAACCUUUUAUAUGCAGGAACAGACUUGGGUGGGGUUAAAAAACAAAACAUUUUUCUGGCUUAUAUUAAAGCUACUGUCGUUUUCGCCAUAUACAAGAAGUGCAAUGAGCCUUUUCAAGACUUAUUUUUAUCCUUGGAUGAUGCCAUUAGACGUGGAGAAUAAGUUUUCUAUUAUGAACUAUGGUUUUCACAUUACUGACGACCUUGUGCUACAAUGUUUUACUUAAAGCUAAAUAUUUUCAUUGUCAUGAUGAGCUGAUGACAACGGUUAUAUUUAAGGGAAAGCGAGGAUUAAAACUGUUAAUAUAUUUUCAGAUAAAACAGUAUUAUUUUGUUAAAUUAGUGAAGUUGCUUGCUCUGUUAACGUCGAUUUCAGUGUCAUAAUACGGAGCCUAAAAGCAAACGAUGUAGAAGUAUGCUUUAUAAGUAUGUGCAUGGCAGGGAGGCUUGUUGAACGGGAGCCAAAUUGCCCAAGUGAGGAUAAAAAAGGCUGUUUGAGCCUUUUCCCUUGAAAGCAUACAUGUAUGCUCUUACAUGGAAUACCUUCAGCAGAAGAAAAGGUCAUCACAUGACAGGACUGUGUGAUCCAAGCCUGCACUCAGCGACGGUUGGAUUCAGGAAAAAUAGUCUCGUGUUUCAGACACAAGCACUCCGACAUGCUUGACCCAACUUCCUUCACAAAGUGGAUCACAGUUUUAGCCUUCAGUGUAAAUACCUCCAACCAGCUUGUUCCUCUUACUAUUUUUGCAGCCCUUACACUACAUGUACUUUGUCUUUGAACUGAAAAUAUUGUGGUGACCUGAGUGGACCGUGUCGAAUUCUGACUUCCAGAUUAACAAUUGAGGGACUGCUUACCCCCCGGAUUUUAUGAUUUUGUCAUCAUGGUUUCUUGCUAUGCAAUAUCCACAAGAGAAAAUUGAGAUUCUACUGGGCUUUUCUCAAAACUUUGCUGUGGAAAAUAAGAGAUUUGAUAUGUGAUGAACUUCUUUUCCGUGCCAACAACAUCUGGAAUAACUGUUGUUGUUAAUAACUGUUGUUGUAUGAUCCACACAAGCAUCUUGGGAAAUAUCUGGUUUUUUUUCAAUACAGGUGUACAUUUAUCAAUAUAAGUGUGUAAUUUAGUGUUUACCAAGUGAGCAAACAGUGUACAGUGUAAAAAUAUAAGAAUAAAGGAUCUGUAAUGCAUUACAGUGGACUUAUA